AAAAAAAAAAGCAACAAUCGUCGAAAAAGAAGGACCCCUAAAGAAAAUCCGAAAUAGAAAACCCAAAACGUCCAAGAACAAAAACAACCCAAGACAAGAAACACAACAAACAAAACAAAACAAACAAAUCGAAAACCUACAAAAAAAGAUGGCGUCUCGCCCAUCUCGCCAACAACCCACAGCCUCAGCGCCGGCGGCGAGCCGGACGCAGACGGAAACAACAACCCCCUCACAAGACCAGCAGCAGCCGGCACAGGACCACCCAACCCCCUCGAUACAGCCGCAGCCGGCGAUCCUCCGACUCCGGGGCGUUCGCGCGUCGAGCGGGCCGUCUGUGCGCUGGGCCGAGGGCGUGGUGGACAAUGAAGGGCUGGGGAGGAAGUCUUCCAAAGUCUGCUGCAUCUACCACCCAACCAAACCGGUAGGCGAAUCCUCCGACGAGUCUUCAUCCUCGGAUUCGUCAUCCGACUCUGACGACUCGGGCACCGACAGCGACGACUCGACCCGCGGCAAGGGCAAGAGGAAACAUCGCAGCGGCGGCGGUGGGGGAGGCAAGAAACAUCACGAAGGAGGAGGGGACUGUCACGGCCAUACCCACGACCACGGCAGCGGAAGCGGAAGCGGAGGUAGUGGUGGUGGUGGUGCUCGGAAAAAGAAAAAGAAGAAGCGCACCCCGAGUCCAAACGCCUACGAAAAGAUGCCCAAGGUCAAGCCCAGGGCGACCGCUCCUGAUGGGGGCGGGGCGCCUGGUGCAUCGGGAUCAUGAGUUUUUUUCUUUCUUUUUUGCUUGGUGGGGCGUUUAUUGCUGCUGUUGCUGCUGCCCCAUUCUUUGUUCUUUUUUUUUAUUUACUUUCUACUUUUAGAACCAGGUAGAUUUUUCCAUGAGCGCUUGCGUUUCUUUCUUUUUUUUUCUUCUACGCGGGGUAUUGAAGGGGGGCGCGCCAGAUGAAAUCACGGCUUGGGUUCGGACUGUCAUGGGCUGCCCCUUCGACUGGUAAGCGGGUAAUGGCACUCAUCUGGCACUUGAUGAUUGUUGCCGCGGCUUUUUAUAUUGCGGGUAUGAUUGUUUUUUUUUUUUUUUUUUUUUUUUUUUUUUUUUUUUUUUUUUUUUUUUU